CUCGUCUUCUGGCCACAAACAGCGCCGGCUGCCAGGCUGACUCUGGCUCUCCUUGCAGCUGAGGCGUCGUCGUCGUCGUCGUCCUUCUGGGGCUGGGUUCUUGCCUCCAAGAUGAGGAGGGCUCGGGGGGCCCCUCUGCUCCCGGUGGAUUAACUGCUGCUGGAGCCAGAUUUUAGUACUGGCUGGACCUGGCCAAGCACAACGGGUCCUGAUGGGGGACUCAGGAUCAAGGCGUUCAAUUAUUGUGUCCCGACUGCCAAUAUUCCGAAGAAGUAUUAGUCGAAGACAUGAUUCUCUUCCAUCUUCACCAACUUCCAACAGUACUGUUGGUGUUCACAGCUCUUCUCCCUCCAGCACUAACUCAAGCUCAGGUAGCACAGGCAAACGCAGAAGUCUCUUCCGCACACCUUCCAUUAGCUUUCACUACAAGAAGGGGAGUGAACAGAAAACUGAACCUCCAAGCCAAAAUGUGGGCAUUUUGAAUGGUUCUCAGUCUAACCACAGCAAUGUCCUACAGAAGCUGAGUUUGGAAGAGCAUUUGAAAAGCAGAGGGAGGCAUUCAGUCAGCUUUGGAAGUUCUCGAAGCAAGAAGAUUACAAGAUCAUUGACUGAGGAUUUUGAGAAGGGGAGAGAGCCAUCAGUCAGUAAGAAUGUCUUCAUAAAUUGCAUACGGUCUGGGAAGAAUGAAGGUGAUGACUCUGGCUUCACAGAGGAGCAAAGCAGGUCUUCUGUCAGACAUUCCUCAAGAAGACUUCUCCCUAAAUCCUUCUCAACACACUACAGGUUUUCUAAGCCAGUUCCUCAGAGUCAGUCAGCGUCCUGUGAGCAGCCGUCUUCUUGCUUAUUGGAUACUAAACCCAGUGUUGAAAGUGAGUCUGUGUCAGCGAGGUCCUCCCCUUCAUGUUCUGCUGAGGUAAUAGAAUGUGUUGGCAGCUCUUCACAGUCACCAAUGCUUUCUGCUGACUUGACCACGGUACAGACACCCUCUGAAUUUCUUGCACUGACUGAAGAUUCUGUUUCAGAGGUUGACGGGCUACCUAACUGUGGAAAUUUGCACACAGAAACCUUUGCCCACAAUGGUUCUACCUCUCAAAUCUUCCUCAGUCCUGUCACUGCUGUCACUGUUGCUGCUCCUCUCCUUUCAAGGAAAGCAGAUCAUGCAGAAAGUGCUUCCCACUGUGGUGUUAUAUCACCCAAAAGUCACAGGGCUAGAAAUGUACUGUUCCAUGAAGCUGGGGCUGUAUCAGAAAACUAUGAGUCUAAUCAAAACUGUGCAGAAGUAUUAGUACAAGAGCUUCCUGCUAAACAGACAAGACAUACAGAAGAAGCAAACUCAGUAGCUGAAGCACAACUAAAACCAUUUGUCUUAAACCAAGGAGAAGUAGUGGAACAUUGUCCAAAUGCACAGCAACUACUAAGGGAUCACGAAGAAAUUAGAACACCUGAAUCUCUUAGAGAAACCAUCCCAAUAACUGGAUCCAAGAGUAUCCCAAUGGCAUCUGAACACCAGUGUUUUCAAAUACAGCAGGGCUAUGAAAUGAACCAUACAAAGGUAAAUCUUGCCAGUAGUUUCAGCCCAUAUCGAGAGGGAAGAUUUAUCGAAAAACGUCUGAGGUCCUCUUCAGAAGGCACUGCUGGGAGCAGCCGGAUGAUCUUAAAACCAAAGGAUGGAAAUUUAGAAGAACCGAACAGUCUACGAAAGCAAAGAACAAGCUCCUCCUCCUCAAAAAUGAACAGCAUGGAUGUUUUGAAUAACCUGGGCUCCUGUGACCUAGAUGAAGAUGACCUCAUGCUUGACUUGGAAUUCCUGGAAGACCAGCAUCAUCGGCAUUCUGUUUGCCGGGAAGAUUCUCACCAGUCAAUAGUUUCUUGUGCUGCAGUGCUACUUACACCCAUUGAGUCAGCUGAAGGAAAGAAAAAGGAACAGCCAAAAAUGCCUGAAGUGACCAAACAAAAUCUUUCUCUGAAAUUGUCGAAGGAGGUGGAUCGAGGAGAAACAAGAUGCCCUCGUGUCAGUCAACUUGCCAGCAGCCCAUCUGUAGAAUGGCCUUUUACAGCCAUGGAAGAAGGUGGAGGGAUGGAAUCCUUGCCUUUCCGGCUGAUGAUGCAAGACUGCACAGCUGUUAAAACACUGCUAUUGAAAAUGAAGAGGGUUCUUCAAGAGAGCACAGAUAUGAGUCCUGCCAGCAGUACCCACUCACUUCCUGUCAGCCCACUUACUGAAGAGCCAUUGUCAUUCAAGGAUAUAAUGAAAGAUGAAUGUUCUGCACUGAAGCUACAACUGAAGGAAAGAGAUGAACUCAUUUUCCAGCUCCGUGAAGAACUGGAAAAGGCCCAACAUUUACCGAAGACUCUUGUCUGUCAAGUAGAUAAAUCCACACAGACUGAACUUGUAGGUCAUGAUGCUACAUUUCUAAACAAAAUGGCGAGCCAAAUUCUCAACACAAAGGACCGAAAGUCAGUACAUACACCCACCGAGGACCAUUUUAGAUAUACAUCAGGUAAUCAAGCAUCCUCCCAUGAAAGCAAAAGCUGCCAGUUGUCAAGUGUGUGCCUCAGCAACCUCCUGACAGAAAAAGAAAGAGUGGAAGUCAUCAAGCACACAAGAGACACUUAUGAAUCCCUCACUUCAGAGGUCAGCCAGAAUGGUGUAUCAGGGGAAUCAAAAAGUACGCCCAAGUUGACAGCUAAGGAUGAGAACAUCCCCACUUUUUCUGGGGCUCUGAAAGACCAAAGCCUUGCCCCUCGGCCACAUUCUACUUUCAUUGGGAGGUUGGGACAGCCUCCGAGAGGACCCAUCUCAUUACACAUGUACAGUCGGAAAAAUGUUUUUCUUCACCACAAUCUUCACACAUCUGAGCUCCAGACUUUGGGCCAGCAAGAUGGGUAAAUGGAGUCAGCACAUUAUUUAUUGCAGACAGAGCUUGGUGGUUGGUUUAAGAUACUACCAUGUUCUUUUCUAACUGACUUGAAUUCUCAUCAGCUGCUACCUAGAAGAUUUUUUCCCCCUUAAAAGUUUAUUAUUGUCGUUUAUGAAAUCUGAAC